AUGUGUAACGACGAAGCUAAUCGUCCAGCCGCCACAGGCCCUGUGAUUGCCGCUGAAGAGGGGGAUUGGGAUGACAGCUCGUCAGACCGCGCUUCCAGCUUAGCAUCAUCCACCACCAGCUUGAGCAGCUCCAUCUUCAACCAUAGAGUUGAGAACGGCAGGACUUACCACAGGUACAAAGAUGGCCAGUACAGUUAUCCGAACGACGAGAAAGAAGCCGACAGAUUAGAUUUGCAACACAAUCUCUUCCUCCUCACCUUUUACUACCAGCUUGGUCUUGCUCCCUGCAAUGCUAAGGACUCUGGUGUCAAGCGUGUUCUCGAUGUCGGCACAGGCACCGGUCUUUGGGCAAUCGAGUUCGCCGAUGAGCACCCCGAGGCGGAGAUGCUGAAGCUCACACGUCAUAGCCUCCCUCCGAAUGUGAAGUUCGAAGUUGACGACAUCGAAGAACCUUGGACAUAUUCGACACCCUUCGACUACAUCCAUACCAGGAUGAUGACUUCGAGUAUAUGCGAUUGGCCUAGAUUUUUCAAGCAAGCCUUCGAGCACUUGGAGGUCGGCGGAUAUCUGGAAAUCCAGGAGACCGAUCUCGAUCCUCAUUGCGACGAUGGCACCCUCAAACCAGAGCAUGCAAUGGUGAAGUGGCUGAAACUACUCGGCGAGGCGGUGGAGAUCUUCGGACACCCUUUCGUGGAUAUUCCUAACCUCGCAGUCUUGAUGGAGGAGGCCGGUUUUGUCGAUGUGACUAUCAAGACGUACAAGUGGCCUGUCAAUGAGUGGCCCAAGGACCCCCAUUACAAGGAGCUUGGGUCUUGGACACAUGCCAACUGUAUGGAAGGCCUCGAGGGUUGGACGCUGGCGCCCUAUACCCGAGCGCUGAACUGGACGAAAGAGGAAGUACUCGUCUUUCUGGCGGAGGUACGGACUAACAUGAAGAACCGGAACAUUCAUGCCUACUGGCCAAUCUACUCGAUUUACGGGAGGAAACCUGAAGAGAAGGCAGCCGAGCCGGCGUCGUAA